ACGGGAAGUUCGUGAUUCACGCGCUGUCAAGCUGUUAUAACUUCAUUCUUUUAACAAGACACGAGUUUGUAUGCCCCGUUGGAUGACUGUUUGUGUUGCAAAGUUGUUAGGACAAGAGUGAGUCCUGUUUGCCACCGGUGUCGGUGUUUUAUCUGCAGGUCAUGGGGUCUCUGUUCCGUAGUGAAGAAGUGUGUCUGGUACAGCUCUUCCUCCAGUCCGGAUCAGCUUACAACUGUGUCAGUGAACUGGGAGAACUGGGAAUUGUGGAGUUCAGAGAUUUGAAUCCAAAUGUGAAUGCAUUCCAGAGGAAGUUUGUGAGUGAAGUAAGGAGAUGUGAAGAGUUGGAAAAAACAUUGGUAUUUUUGGAGCAGGAGAUCAUUCGCAGUCUCUCUCAGAAACUACAACCACCCAUUCCCAUCCCUCCUGCCCCCCAGCCCAGGGAACUCCUCACCAUUGAGGAGGAGAGUGAGCGCUUGGCCCGUGAACUCAAGGAGGUGUCCAGGAACAGAGACAGCCUCCGAUCUCAGUACACUCAGCUGUGUCAGUACAGAGGAGUUUUAAAACAGACACAUUCACUCACGGCAUCACAGGCCCCGCUGGUCUCGUUUGACCCUGUGGGUCUGGUAGAGAACAGGCAGGAUGUCAGGCUGAGCUUUGUGGCCGGCGUGGUCCACCCGUGGAAAGCGCCCGCAUUUGAGAGGCUGCUAUGGCGAGCUUGUCGUGGUUACAUCAUUGUGGACUUUCAUGAGAUGGAAGAGAAACUUGAGCAUCCUGAGUCUGGGGAGGAGGUACAAUGGACCGUGUUUUUAAUUUCAUUCUGGGGAGAUCAGAUCGGACAGAAAGUGAAGAAGAUCUGUGAUUGCUUCCACACACAAACUUUUCCUUACCCCGAGAACCAGGCAGAGAGAGAAGAGACUCUGAAUGGGCUUGGAGGACGAAUCGAAGACAUUAAAUCAGUGAUGGGUGAGACAGAGCAGUACAUGAAGCAGUUGCUUGUUCGAGCAUUGGCUCGUCUGCCCGAGUGGCGUGUUCAAGUGCAGAAGUGUAAGGCUGUGCAGAUGGUGCUGAACUACUGCAGCCCGUCCGUCACAGAUAAAUGUCUGAUCGCAGAAGCCUGGUGCCCCGUCAGCCAGCUGCCCAACCUGCAGAGCGCCCUGCGAGAGGGAGGGAGGAAAAGUGGCAGUGGUGUGGAUUCUUUCUAUAACCGUUUACCGGCCAAUACCUCUCCUCCCACACUGUUCCCUACCAAUGCCUUCACUGCAGGAUUCCAGAACAUUGUGGAUGCCUACGGAGUAGCGAGCUACAGGGAGGUUAACCCAGCGGUGUACACCAUCAUCACAUUUCCCUUCCUGUUUGCUGUCAUGUUUGGAGAUGUUGGGCACGGCCUUCUGAUGACAGUAACGGCACUCUGGAUGGUUCUGGAGGAGAAAGACCCAAAACUGAGGAACGGUAACAAUGAGAUCUGGCGUAUGAUGUUUGGAGGUCGAUAUCUGAUUCUGCUGAUGGGGUUUUUUUCUAUCUAUACUGGAGCCGUUUACAAUGAGUGUUUCAGUAGAGGCCUCAGCACCUUCUCUUCCGGGUGGCACGUCCAGCCCAAUGCAGAGUACUACAACUGGACUGAGGAGACAUUCAAAAUGAAUCAGUAUCUCUCGCUGGAUCCCAACAUUACAGGUGUUUUCACCGGGCCGUAUCCUUUUGGAAUUGAUCCUAUUUGGGGUCUAGCCAAUAAUCACCUGACGUUCCUCAACAGCUAUAAGAUGAAGAUGUCUGUCAUUAUCGGGGUCAUUCACAUGACUUUUGGUGUGUGUUUGUCCAUGUUCAACUAUAUUCACUUUAAAGAGAUCAGUAGUAUAUUUCUGGUGCUGAUCCCAGAGCUGUGCUUCAUGCUGUGUCUGUUUGGAUACCUGGUCUUCAUGGUGAUCUAUAAGUGGGUGGUGUUUGGCCCUCUGAACUCUGACUCCGCCCCCAGCAUCCUCAUCCACUUUAUAGACAUGUUCCUGUUUACUGAGAACAAGGACAACAAACCACUGUAUGAGGGCCAGGUGACAGUGCAGAAGAUUCUGGUGAUCGUGGCACUGUUGUCUGUUCCUGUGCUGCUCCUGGGAAAACCAAUCCAAGAAUACAUCACGUACAGGAAAAAGAAAACUCAGUUUACAGGAGACCGGCGUCCUCUGCUUGCUGAAAACGGCUCAGUAAACUCUCACCAGGGAGAUGUUGAUACAAGAGGAGGAGGAGGAGGAGGAGAAGAAGAGGAGGAGGAGUUUGAUGCACCGAACGUGUUCAUGCACCAGGCCAUUCACACUAUCGAGUACUGUCUGGGGUGCAUCUCCAACACGGCCUCGUACCUGCGACUCUGGGCCCUCAGCCUGGCUCACGCCCAGUUGUCUGAGGUGCUCUGGCUGAUGGUAAUGCGGAUAUCAUUCCAGCAGCUCAGUUAUGUGGGGAGCAUUAUUAUGGUUGUUAUAUUUGCCGUCUUUGCUGUGCUGACCAUAUCUAUCCUGCUCGUUAUGGAAGGCCUGUCCGCUUUCCUGCACGCUCUUCGACUUCACUGGGUGGAGUUUCAGAAUAAGUUCUACAGUGGAUCAGGCUACAAGCUCAGUCCAUUCGCCUUCUCGUCUAUAAUCAGUGCCUCCUCUCUCGAUUGAAACAUGAGUUCAUUCUAACAGUCCUGAGAUUUCAAAGAAUGAGUUAUUUUGCUGUUAGGGCACACACACGUUUUAAAAUGAACCCUUUGUUUUAGCAUCUUGUUUUCUUUUUACAUUUUUGCUUGAUUGCUGCUAUACUUAAAGCUGGACCUGAAAAGUGAAAGGGACGUUUUAGAGAUUUGUCAUGAAUCCACAUUCAUAAAUUUGACACUUUGAAACUGUAACGAGUACACAUGAGGUUAAGAUAAAAGUCUUUUAGUUUAAUGAACAUUCAUUUUAAUUAGACCCACAUGAAUUAAAGUCAUUUUAACUCCCCUAAUGGUCAACUAUUCUGUAAUCAUGCCUGAAUGAUGAGUGUACUUUUAUGAUGAUAAUGUUACUACACUUUGAACUAGUAAACUAUCUACCGGUAAGUACAUUUAACACUCUAAAGGGAUAUUCCAGGUCCAGUACAAAUUAAGCUCGAUUAACAGCAUUUGUUCCAUAAUAUUGAUUACUAUACAUUAAUAUUGAUUAAAUAAUGAACUUGAUUUCAAAAACAAAGCAAAAAUCGUGAUUACAGUUAGGCAAUUACAAUGGAAGUGAAUGGGGCCAGUCCAUAAACAUAAAAAUGCGCACCGUUUCAAAAGUAUAGCCACAUGUCGUAAACAAUAUGCAUGUUAACAUGAUUUUAGUGUGAUUAGAUCACUUACCAACCUUAUUGGUGUAAAGUUACAUCCAAUUUUAACAUUUUGUUGCCAUGACGAUGCAAUGCCUAAAACACUAAAAUGGAUUUUCAUCACACUGAAUUAUAUAGAACAGAUUUUAUAACAUUAAAAUCAUGUUAACAUGUAAUGUUUACAUAUUGUGGCUAUACUUUUUAAACCGUGUGUAUUUGAAUGUUUAUGGACUGGCCCCAUUCACUUCCAUUGUAAAUGCAUAACUGUAUCUGCCAUUUUUAAAUAAACGAAGGACGAGUUGAAAAUAUUUUUGUGGCAGUCAAUAUUAUGCCACACGUGCUGUCAUUGAGCUUAAUUUGUAUUGAACCCAAAGUAUUCCUUUAAGUACAAACAGUUUAUUGUGAAAUCUGAAUUUGUCAUGUAAGAAUGUGUUUGUAUAACAUACAUUCCUUUUCCCUAAAGUAAGGGGGAAAAAAGGAUAAUUUUCUCAGAAUGAACUAACAAAAUAAGAUGUAUUUGUGCAGUAUUCAACGCAAGUUAACUCAAUCAUUCUAUGUGUUAAUCAAUACCUUGAUUUACGAAAUUAUUUAAAGGGAAUAACAUUUCAUCCAGGUGCUCUUUUAUUAUUGCUUUUCUGUUAUUAUGAUGACAUUUUGUUUUAAGUUUUGAGCUGAAUCACAGUGGUGUUGCAGAGGUACAGUGGAACUCACUACCAUAUCAAUAAAAUAAGACCAAAUCUACAAGCAAAGUCUCUCAAUACGAAAGGUGUUGUUUUUGGGAUAUUAUGCAUUUUGCACUACUAUUUUUAUACAUAUUUUCAGUGAUAUUUUUAAAAUGUGAAUUGCCUUUUUGAGGCUGUACCAAAGCAUCUUAAUCGGGUUGAGGUCAGUACUUUGGGCAAAAAGACAUUGCAGUCUAUGAUUUAUUUGCACCACUUUCAUGCAUCAAAUGGGGUAAAGCUGGCUUUCGAUGGAAGUCCGAGAAAAGUCCUUGUAGUGAGGCCUUUUAUUUUCUCUGACAGAUGUUUCGUUUGUGAACAAAUCUAUUAAAUGAACAAAUUAUUGAGUAUUUCAGCCAAUUUUGGAUCUGCUGACUGAUGGAACCAGCAGGUUGGUCACAACAAGAAAGGAAAGGGGCCGGGUGAAAUCUUAAGUCUCUUAAUUAGGGUGACUAGAUGACAAUGACAAAAAAAGGAACACAUAAGGGAACUCGAGCUUUAUGCUUUGGCAAUGUCUCUGCCAUCCAAAUGUAUGUUGAACACACAAAAGUUAUAUUUUUCAAGACUUAUCUGUCAAAUGUGAGCAUUUGUUUUUUAGCCAGGUGUAAAAUCUGGAUAGUAAUAUGUACUACCCAAGUUCCCAGAAAUGCACCAGAACAUGAAUAAAUUAUACAAAUGACUGUGUACUAUUCAUUAUUUCUUUUUUGCCUGUUUCAUUCAUGCAUCUGUUGUAUUUGUUGUAACUUUCAGUUAUUUGCAUGUUGUGAGUAUUGAAAGCUUAUAUUAUACUUAAUAAGUUGCUUUUGGUUGACACUGUUAUUUUGCGGUUUUGGGUUAAGAAUUAAGGUCAGUUGUCAUCUGUAAACUAGUUAAUUUAUCAAUUUAAUUAAUAAAAACAUUA